AUGGAAGAAGCACUGCGUCGUCUGAACGGAAUGGCCCCUACUCAAGAACCUGACACGCACGACUCAACCUCUGACAACCACCACAAGAAGUGCGCCACCAGGAAGUCGUUGCGCGAAACCGCCAACGCUGGCGGCGCCAUGAGGUACCGCGGCGUCCGGCGCCGUCCAUGGGGCCGUUACGCCGCCGAAAUAAGAGACCCGCAGUCGAAGGAGAGGCGCUGGCUCGGCACAUUCGACACUGCUGAGGAAGCUGCUUGCGCCUACGACUGCGCCGCUCGAGCCAUGCGCGGCGUCAAAGCACGAACCAAUUUCGUUUACCCUGACACCACCGAAGCACACCUUUUCCAACCCUUCCAUAUUCCGAAGCAGUCUCAGAACUGCCACGUCAGCAGGUUCGGACCCAAUAAUCCCAACUUGGGUGGUGACUUCUCGUCACCGACGCAGAACAACAAUGCUUCUGCCCUCAACAUGCAUUUCUUUCGUGACUUCCUCAACUCUUCUUCGAACUCCUGUUUGGUUUCUUCUUCUCCGGUUCCACAGUUUCACAACAAGGCUUCGAAUGGUUCUUUUAACUCCUCGUCUUCCACUUCGUCUUUGUUAUUACCUGUGUCAGCCUGUUUCCAAGGUUGCUGUGUUGGCAAUGGUAAUAAUAUAAGUGGUGUUGUUGGUGCCAAUCAUAAAACGGAAGUGCUUGACACCAUUGAAGAUGACUCUGGGUUCUUUCCCAGAGAGUCUUCGGAUUCUGGCUUGUUGGAAGAGAUAGUUCAUAAGUUUUUGCCUAAGUCAAGGCCUAGGAAUUGUGAGACUACGCUGAAAACAGAGACUUUGUCCGUUCAUGAGUCGCUUCCUCAACCAAUUUCUGAUCACAUGGUGGUCUCUGCCACUCGGUUUUACGAUGAUCAGAGGACGAGGGUUCCCAAAAUUGAAUCUUAUGGUAUUUCUUAUGAUCCUCCCAUGCAACAAUUUGAAAAUUAUAACGGGUUUAACACCAUACAACAGGCUAUGUCCAUGGGAAGUGAUGAGAAGUUUAUGAUGAAUCAUAUUGCAGAAUGUUCCUUCAUGGAAGAUGUUCUUCAGUAUCCAGAGUUUUUCAAUUCUCUUGCAGCUAGAAUGCAAAAUGCUUGA